CGCGCCGGAAGGACGCUCGGGCGCUCGGCUGCGGCGAGGUUAUAAAAGGGAAGGAGCCGGCGGCGGGCGGAAGUGGGCGGUUCGGCGGCUCUGGGCGCUGUUGUUUGGCGUCUGGGCCUCCCGAGGGGCGUUCUCCGGAGGGCCGCCGGUGCAGGCCGCAGUGACAGGGCCGCUCGCCGCCGCGCACUCCGCCUCCUCCCCGGUGCAGCGUCCGCGCGCGGCCUCGGCGACUCGCAGGCCCAACAUGGCGCAGGAGGUGUCGGAGUACCUGAGCCAGAACCCGCGGGUGGCCGCCUGGGUGGAGGCGCUGCGCUGCGACGGCGAGACUGACAAACACUGGCGCCACCGCCGGGAGUUUCUGCUCCGCAACGCCGGGGACCUGGCCCCGGCUGGCGGCGCUGCCGCCGGCGCGGAGGAAGCUGCGGACGCCGAGAGCGGCAGCCGCAAUAGGCAGCUGCAGCAGCUCAUCUCCUUCUCCAUGGCCUGGGCGAACCACGUCUUCCUCGGGUGCCGGUACCCACAAAAAGUUAUGGAUAAAAUACUUAGUAUGGCUGAAGGCAUCAAAGUGACAGGUGCUCCAAUCCAUACCACAAGAGACGAACUGGUUGCCAAGGUGAAGAAAAGAGGGAUAUCGAGUAGCAAUGAAGGGGUAGAAGAGCCAGCGAAAAAACGAAUCCUAGAAGGGAAAACCAAUUCCGCGGUUGAGCAAGAUCAUGCGAAGAUUUCUGCCAAAACAGAACGUGCAUCAGGUCAGCAGGAAAACAGCUCGACAGGCACAGGAUCAUCCACCAAAUCAGAGAGUAGUGGAAACUCCACUCGGAGCUCCGGCACCGCAGGUCAGAAUAGCUCUGCAAGUGACGGAGAUCGGUCUCUUUCCAGCCAAAGUAGUGGCAGCGUGUCCUCCCAGGUGACAGUGGCAGGGUCCGGAAAAGCUUCUGAAUCAGAAGCUCCAGAGAAGCAUGGCUCCGCAGCCUUCGUUUCUUCGUUGUUGAAAUCCAGCGUGAAUAGUCAUGUGACCCAGUCUGCCGAUUCCAGCCAACAGAGCGGAUCCCCCAAAAAGAGUGCUGUGGAAGGCUCUUCAGUCUCAGCCUCUCAGAGCAUCUCCGAGAUCGAGGUGCCCUUGUUGGGCUGCUCCGGAAGCGUAGAAGGUGAGUUGCUGCUGUUGUCUUCUAAACCGAGUUCAGAGACAGCUUCAGGUGGGUUACCUUCCAAAACCAGUUCUGAGGCCAGCGUUUCCACGUCAGCUUCUAAAAAUAGUUCCCCAGCAGGCAUAUCCUUGCUGACCCCCAAGAGCGGCACAUCGACACCCGCAGCGCUGCUGACUUCCAAAAGCACUUCGCAGGUGGCUGCAUCGCUGUUAGCUUCCAAGAGCAGCUCCCAAACCAGUGCAGCUCUAGUUUCCAAAAGCACUUCCUUAGCAGGUGUGUCCCAGCUGGCCUCUAAGAGUAGUUCUCAGACGAGCACAUCCCAGUUGCCUUCCAAAAGUUCUUCACAGUCAAGCGAGAGUUCGGUUAAGUUCUCUUGUUGCAAGUUAACCAAUGAAGAUGUGAAGCAGAAACAGCCUUUUUUCAACAGACUGUACAAAACGGUGGCGUGGAAGCUGGUGGCAGUUGGCGGCUUUAGUCCCAACGUGAAUCAUGGAGAGCUCCUCAACGCAGCUAUUGAGGCUCUGAAGGCCACACUGGAUGUGUUUUUUGUUCCGCUAAAAGAACUGGCAGAUCUGCCUCAGAAUAAAAGUUCUCAAGAAAGUAUCGUCUGUGAAUUGAGAUGCAAGUCUGUGUAUUUGGGCACCGGCUGUGGAAAAAGCAAAGAGAAUGCAAAAGCCGUUGCAUCAAGAGAAGCACUGAAGUUAUUUCUCAAGAAGAAAGUAGUGGUAAAGAUCUGUAAGAGGAAAUACAGAGGCAGCGAAAUAGAAGACCUAGUCCUCCUUGAUGAAGAGGCAAGGCCUGUAAACUUACCUCCAGCGUUGAAACAUCCUCAAGAGUUACUGUAAUUUGUCCAAAAUACCACUGCAUCUGACGUCUGGUAUUUGAAGAGAAAAACUGGCUUCCUUUUGUAUAAGAUGAAACACAGGCUUUCACAAAUUUUGUAUUGCUUUUUUCCAGUUUUGCAGACAAUUUACAUUCUAGUUCUCUUCACACAGUAGAGGUUGUAAAUAAUUUAUGAAUGACAGUACAUAUUACAAAGUAUGCAUUAACAGCAUACCAGUAUGCUGUUUUAUUUGCUGAAGAAAAUACUGUCUUCUAUUUUUAAUGAUCCGUUAGGUACGAUGUGUAGUUCUGUAGAAUCUUAAAACUUUUGUACUGCUUUCAAUUUGGUGAAAACGUAUUAAGUUGUCUACCAUGCUUUUUCCGCCCCCUAGCUGAAUAAACCUCCACAUCAAAGUACAGGGGACCAUGGUAUUUGAAUGUCUGAAAGUCUGUGAAGCUUAAGGUUUUAAGAAUGUUGCCCACGAUACUGAACAUGUCUGUUAAAGAAUAAAAGAAAAAAUAGUUGCCUCAGACUAUUUUUAUGAGAAGUUGUAAGCAUUUUUUAGAUAUAAAGCAGUAUAAAGUACUUAAGGUUAUUUUAUUCUGAAGUUGUUUAAAAUUCACCAUGGUUUUGACCACUGCAGAUUCUUUAAGUGGGUUAAUUUAUGUUUGAGGUAAAAUACAAUUUACACUUUUUCUUAAAGACAUAAAUGUGGGUUUCUAUAUUAAGCAUAUUUUGUGACUAUUAACAGAUUGAUUUGUUUAGAUAUUAAAUGCUUUAAGCUAUUUUACCUUUUCAA